GGCAUGGCGGGGGCGGGGCUGGGGGAGGCGCGUGCCGAGCAGGCCGGGGAGUUCUUCUCCCCGGCCCUUUGAACGAGGACCGUACAGAGAUGUGAUAAUGGAUCAUCAUGUUUCCACCAUCAAACCUCGAAGAAUCCAGAACCAAAAUGUCAUUCACCGCUUGGAACGGCGGCGAAUCAGCUCAGGCAAGGCAGGCACCCACUGGCAUCAGGUCCGAGUGUUCCACCAGAAUGUCUUCCCCAACUUCACGGUCGUCAAUGUUGAAAAGCCUCCGUGUUUCUUGCGUAAAUUCUCGCCUGAUGGGCGCUACUUUAUUGCUUUCUCCUCAGACCAGACCUCUCUUGAGAUUUAUGAGUACCAGGGCUGCCAGGCAGCUGAGGACUUACUGCAGGGCUCUGAGGGGGAGAUCCUGUCCAAUGGCAACGACCAGCGGUCAGUCAACAUCCGCGGCCGGCUCUUUGAACGCUUUUUUGUCCUGCUGCAUAUUACCAACGUGGCCGCCAACGGGGAGCACCUGAACCGGGAGUGCAGCCUCUUCACCGACGACUGCCGCUGUGUCAUCGUGGGCUCAGCUGCCUACCUCCCGGAUGAGCCGCACCCCCCUUUUUACGAGGUUUACCGGAAUAGUGAAUCCGUGACCCCUAACCCCCGGUCCCCCCUGGAGGACUAUUCCCUUCACAUCAUCGACCUUCACACGGGCCGCCUGUGCGACACCCGCACCUUCAAGUGUGACAAGGUGGUCCUGUCGCACAACCAAGGGCUGUACUUGUACAAAAACAUCCUGGCCAUCUUGUCGGUGCAGCAGCAGACAAUCCACGUCUUCCAGGUGACUCCUGAAGGCACUUUCAUUGAUGUGAGGACCAUUGGCCGCUUCUGCUACGAGGAUGACCUUCUCACGGUGUCGGCCGUUUUCCCGGAGGUGCAGCGGGACAGUCAGACGGGCAUGGCCAAUCCUUUCAGAGACCCUUUCAUCAACUCGCUGAAACACCGGCUGCUCGUGUACCUGUGGCGCCGGGCAGAGCAGGAUGGGAGUGCGAUGGCCAAGAGGCGCUUCUUCCAAUAUUUUGACCAGCUGCGGCAGCUGCGCAUGUGGAAAAUGCAGCUUCUGGAUGAAAACCAUCUGUUUAUCAAGUACACCAGUGAGGACGUGGUAACCCUGCGGGUCACAGACCCAUCACAGGCAUCUUUCUUCGUGGUAUACAAUAUGGUGACAACAGAGGUGAUUGCCGUGUUUGAGAAUACAUCAGAUGAGCUUCUAGAGCUCUUUGAGAACUUCUGUGACCUCUUCCGUAAUGCUACCCUCCAUAGUGAAGUCCAGUUUCCCUGCUCAGCUUCCAGCAACAAUUUUGCAAGGCAGAUCCAGCGCCGGAGGAAGAGGUAUAGAUAUCACAAGAGCCAAAGAAAAUGGGAGAGGAUAGGCACUGGAGACAGGAGAUGAUUAUCAAUGGGAGAGAGAUCUGAAUCGGUGCUGGGAGCUGAGAAGCUAAUUGAUCACCAGUAACUUGACACCAACUUGGCACACUUCAGAGAACAAAAGCUUAAGACUAAAGAGCUUAGCCAUCAAGAAACAACUUGCCUUGCCAGAGAAAUCUGGAAGGGGUUGGGAAAUCGGAAGCCCUAGGUACGUCUGAAGAUACCUCUGAUGGGUAGGCUUCAAUAGGAGGAUUGGGUGAGGGUCUGGAAAGAAGUAACCAGGCCCUCUAGCCCCCUUCUCUAAGUCUGUCUCUUCACCACCUCGUCAGAAGGCUGGAGCUUUAUCCACUGGAGAAACUGAACCAUGUAGGCUCUGGUUUCAUGUUCAUGAGGCACAGUGGAGGUAGGGAUGAGAUUCGUCAUGAUAAAAACAAGAAUUAAGUGAAAACCAACAGAACUGAAGGUGAGAUUCCUAUCCCCUUUAUCAGAUUGCAGAGCCAGGCUUAUACUCCUCAGGGAAGACGUUCGGGAUUUUUUCCUUGGGAAACUGACCAACCCAAAGAAGAGACCUUCAGAUACUCAUACUUAGAGUCCCUCCACCAACAGCUGGCUCACCCUAAAUUAAUACCCCCCAUCAGCCAGGUCUUCCCGUGAACCAGUUUCAAAUGUAAUUAUCUGAGUACAUUAUUGUGAAAUGAAAGGUUACCUUGGGCCAUUGGCCCAAGCUGAAUCCUGCUCUAGUCAGUCAGUGCCUUAUUGGACACCACAUACUAAAUUGCUCCCCCAACUCUAGACAGUUAGGGAAAAUAUCUGCUUUAGGUUUCAAGAUAGGUCAGACCAGAGUGAACAGAUGACUCAGAGUAAGCAUUACUGCCGCUGAAAAAAAUGAACAAAAAUACACUAAUGUAGUGGCCUCAUCUUUAUAUAAAAGGGUAGUACUCAGUUAGAAAUAGAUGGAUAUUGGUUUUCAGACAAGUUACUUGCCUUUUCCUUUUUCUCUGGUUCACACAAACUUUCUGCCUUACAAGCAUUUCUUUUUAGUAUAGAAGGAUUUUUGGAGGCAGGACCUGGAUCAGAAUUCGCUUUUUUCAUCUUGGAGUAUAUUUUCUUCUUUUAUUUUUAUUAUUUUUUUAAAGAUUUAU